GCUAGGGCGAACUCGUCGAACUUCAGCCACAAUCACAACAAAAUCUACUGGGGUAGCAGGAUGACAGAGGUGUUUGAAUUGAAGUGUGCUAUGCAAGAAUACCCUUGGGGUCGCUUGGGGUCAGAUAGUGAAGUUGCUCAGCUUAAUCAAAAUAACGAUCCCUCUUUUCAACUGCAGCCAAAUCAACCAUAUGCAGAGCUUUGGAUGGGAACGCAUCCCAAAGGACCAUCGAUAAUCAAGAAUGGCACUCUGACAGGUCAACCUCUGGUGAACUGGAUCAAGGAGAACCCACAAAGUCUUGGAGCAAAAGUCCAAGAGAAGUUCAACAAUAAACUGCCAUUCCUAUUUAAAGUGCUGUCCGUCAAUAAAUCACUCUCAAUUCAAGCGCAUCCCACCAAGGAACAUGCAGAAAAAUUGUACAAAGAACGUCCUGACAAGUAUCCAGAUGAUAACCACAAACCAGAGAUGGCACUUGCUCUGACACCCUUUGAAGGAUUCUGUGGGUUCCGUCCUGUUGAUGAAAUUGUUAAAUUUCUUCAAGACAUUCCCGAAUUCACUACUGUUGUAGGGGAGGAUAAUGCAUCACAGCUUAUCGAGGCUUUCAACAAAGGAGGUGACCUUGCCACAACAUGCAGGGACGCCCUCAAGAGGUGCUUUACCGGGUUGAUGACGCGAGAUGCGGAGACAAUUACAAAACAACUUAACACAUUGGUGCAGCGAAUCAACAAUGACGAUGUUUCACCCCAAGAAGGCAGCAUUCUACAACGUCUGUACAGACAGUUUCCAGAUGAUGUAGGCUGUUUUGGUGUAUACUUCUUCAAUAGAGUGUUACUUGAGCCUGGCCAAGCUAUGUUCUUAGGUCCAAAUGAGCCACACGCUUACCUAUCAGGCAAUUGCAUUGAAUGCAUGGCAUGCUCCGAUAAUGUUGUUCGUGCCGGGCUUACCCCGAAAUACAAAGACAUUCCAACGCUCUGCGACAUGCUCAACUAUAACCCAUCCACUCCCAACUCCAAGAUUUUUCCAUGUAGGAAAGACGCUAAAGAUGACCAUGUGACAAUAUAUUCGCCCCCAGUGCCAGAUUUUGCUGUUGAUAAAAUCGAGGUUGACGGCAAAGUUGACUACACUAUUUCUGCAUACAACAGUGCCAGUAUAAUACUUGUCAUCAAGGGCCAAGCAGAAGCUAACACUGAACAAGCCCUCAAAAUACAUCGUGGUUCAGUGAUUUUUGUAUCAGCCAAUCAAAAUCUUCCUCUCAAAUGUCAAUCAGAGAAACUCCUCCUAUUUAGAGCAUAUUGUCCACUACUUUAAUUAAGUUUCUUUGAUUAAUAAAAUGGCUGAAUAAUUAUUCAGGUAAUUAGCUUCUUUAAUUAAUCAUAAUUUUCAAAUUAUAUUAUAAACAUUAAUAUAUAAUAUAUUCUAUUAUUUUCAAUGAAUUUGAAAUUUUUCAUUUGUGUACUAAUUUUGUUGCUGAAUUAUGCAAUAAGAAUGUAAUUUGCCAGACAUUCUGUUUUGUUUAUUUUCAAUCUGUUAUAUUUUUUAAUUCUUGAAAAACUACAAAAUCAGUGUGGACAGAAAAUCCUUUUAUUUACCAAUAUUGUGUUUAAUAAUAAAAAAAAAACAGUAACAAUUUUUAAAAUGUGUAUUAUUUUAAAGUACAGUAAGCCAUCUUCAAAUUUUCCUCCAAUUAUUAUGUGCUAAACAUUUAUGGAUAUAUAUUGUAAUUGAAUGCCUUUGCUGUUAGUAAAAACUACUGAAACCCUGAUGUAGGGGUCAAAUUAGUAGGUUGUGCAGUGGAUGGUUCAGUCUAUUUUUUUAUUUGUGUUAACUUCAUCUUGGUGUGCUAGAAGCCCAAUGUAUUCAUCAACAGUGGUGUAUAAGAGUAUUGCUAUGAGGAAAAUAUUAAAUGCAGUGGUUUCUUGUUUUUUUUUUUAUCAGUAAAUUUUCAGUGAAUCUGAGAUGGGGGUGGGAAGCAUAGAUAUGCCACUGAGUUUCAAACAAUUACCUAAUCGUAGCAAUGAAUUUACUGAUGCAUUUGUAAUAUUAUAAUACCUCUUUGAUUUGCGCUCUCUCUACAUUCUAUCUUGAUUAGUAAUAACUUUUUAAGGAAAUUCUUUGCCCAUAUUCUUUCUAAUUGCUGACAAAA